AUGACUAGACACCCCGGGGCUGGGGCUGCGGGGAGACACAGGCGCGCUGCUAUUUGCUGGGGACAUACAAUGGGCCCCUCCCUAGCGUGCGGCGGAGGGGGAGGGGGCUGCUCGCAGGGCAUCGGGCCGGCGCUGGAGGGGCGGGCAGGAGACGGGACUCCGGCCUCAGGCUAGUCCAUAGACUCGGCGCUGGUGGCAUUCCCCCGCCGGGCCAGGUGCUGCGGCCGCCCGCCUCUCUCCGGCCGUCGGUUGCUUUCGCCCCGGCUGCGGCUCCUCUGCAGCGAGGAUGGCCUGACCGCGCCGUGAUUCCCUCCCCCCACCCGUCUUGCUUUUUCUUUCUUUUUUUUUUUUUUUUUUUCCUUUUUUCCGGAGGGGGGGCUCGGAUCAUGGCCUUGGGGCUCCGCAGGCUGCUGCUGCUGCUGCUUACCUCCAGCUGCGCCUUUAAGGACCAGCGGGGAAGAUGGGACUCAAGUCCAGGAAGGCAGCAGCUGCGGGGACCGCCGGCGGCCGGGAGCGAGACGAGAAGAAAGUAGGACUCGCGCCGGGGGAUCCGGAGCAAGGGUCUUUGGCCGUGGGAGCUGGAGCGGAUAAAGACGGGACCCUGCUGCUGGAAGGAGCCGGGAAGGAAGAGGGGGGGAAGAGGAAUCCGCAAGGGAUUGGGCUUUUGGCCAAAACACCUCUGAGCAGACCUGUCAAGAGGAACAAUGCCAAGUGCAGGAGGAUCCAAACUUUAAUCUACGAUGCCCUGGAGAGACCCAGAGGUUGGGCGCUGCUGUAUCAUGCCUUCGUAUUUCUGAUAGUUCUGGGGUGUUUGAUCUUAGCUGUCCUAACAACUUUCAAGGAAUAUGAAACUGUUUCAGGAGACUGGCUGCUGCUGUUGGAAACAUUUGCCAUUUUCAUCUUUGGAGCAGAGUUUGCCUUAAGAAUCUGGGCUGCUGGGUGUUGCUGUCGCUAUAAAGGAUGGAGGGGGAGGCUCAAAUUUGCCAGGAAGCCUUUGUGUAUGUUGGAUAUCUUUGUGUUGAUUGCCUCUGUGCCGGUAGUAGCUGUUGGGAACCAGGGCAAUGUUCUGGCGACAUCGCUCAGAAGUCUGCGCUUCCUUCAGAUCCUGCGGAUGCUCCGAAUGGACAGGAGGGGAGGCACAUGGAAGCUUUUGGGAUCAGCUAUUUGUGCACAUAGCAAAGAGCUCAUCACUGCUUGGUACAUUGGGUUCCUGACCCUUAUCCUCUCCUCGUUCCUUGUUUACCUGGUCGAGAAAGAUGUGCCUGAAAAGGAUGCCCAUGGAGUCGAGAUGAAAGAAGAGUUUGAAACUUAUGCAGAUGCACUGUGGUGGGGGCUGAUUACCCUAGCAACAAUUGGCUACGGUGACAAGACCCCCAAAACCUGGGAGGGGAGGCUGAUAGCAGCCACAUUCUCUCUUAUUGGAGUUUCAUUUUUUGCUCUUCCUGCCGGCAUCUUGGGUUCAGGGCUGGCUCUGAAAGUCCAGGAACAACAUCGUCAGAAACAUUUUGAGAAAAGAAGAAAGCCGGCAGCAGAACUUAUACAGGCUGCCUGGAGGUACUAUGCUACUAACCCUAACCGGAUGGAUCUCGUCGCCACCUGGAGGUUUUAUGAAUCAAUUGUAUCGUUUCCAUAUUUCAGAAAAGAGCAAUUGGAUGGUACUGCCAGCCAAAAGCUGGGUCUCUUGGAUCGGGUUCGUGGUACCAAUACUAAAGGAAAGCUAUUUACCCCUCUGAAUGUAGAUGCCAUUGAAGAAAGUCCUUCUAAAGAGCCUAAGAAUGUUGGCUUGAAUAAUAAGGAGCGUUUUCGCACUGCAUUCCGAAUGAAAGCGUACGCCUUUUGGCAAAGCUCAGAAGAUGCAGGAACAGGGGAUCCCAUGACUGAAGAUAGGGGUUACAGUAAUGAGUUCCUUAUGGAAGAUAUGAUCCCCACAUUGAAGGCAGCCAUUCGAGCUGUCAGAAUUCUACAGUUUCGUCUCUAUAAAAAAAAAUUCAAGGAGACUUUGAGGCCUUAUGAUGUAAAGGAUGUGAUAGAGCAAUAUUCAGCAGGGCACCUUGAUAUGCUUUCCAGAAUAAAAUACCUUCAGGCAAGAGUAGAUAUGAUUUUUACCCCUGGACCUCCAUCUACUCCCAAGCAUAAGAAAUCCCAGAAGGGAGGAGCUUUUUCUUACCCUUCACAACAAUCUCCCAGAAAUGAACAAUAUGUAGCCAAAGCAUCCACAGCAGAUACUGAAGACCAAAGUAUGAUGGGCAAAUUUGUUAAAGUUGAAAGACAGGUUCACGACAUGGGGAAGAAACUGGAUUUUCUAGUCGAUAUGCACUUGCAACAUAUGGAGCAGCUGCAAGUACAAGUCACUGAAUUGUGUCCUUUGAAAGAAGCUGCCUCUCCAGCACAAGAAAAGAGAGAGGAAAACAGAUACUCUGAAUUGAAAAGCAUAAUCUACAAAUACUCGGAGCCUUGCACUCAUGAAACUCCUUAUAACUUCCACCAGGUUCCAGUACACAAAGUCAGUCCAUAUGGUUUCUUAGCACAGGAUCCAAUGAAUUAUUCAUGCCCUUUUUCAUUAGGUGGGCAAAACUCUGGCAAGUUGCAGGCCGUGCCUUCUUCGACUUCAUAUGCAGAAAGGCCGACAGUUUUGCCUAUACUCACAUUCAUAGACUCCCGAGUUAGGUACCAGUCCCCAGGGGACCUGCAGAGCCCCAGUUCUGACAGGAUAUCUCCAAGGCAGAAAAGGAGCUUGACAAGAGACAGUGACACUCCAUUAUCCCUUCUUUCCGUCAACCACGAGGAGCUUGAACGCUCCCCGAGUGGAUUCAGUAUCUCCCAAGACAAAGAAGACUUCCCUUUUGGCCCAAAUGGGGGAUCAACCUGGAUGAGAGAGAAACGCUACCUCGCAGAGGGCGAAACAGACACAGAUACUGACCCUUUUACACCAAGUGGCUCCAUGCCUCUGUCUUCAACAGGGGAUGGGAUUUCAGAUUCAAUAUGGACCCCUUCAAACAAGCCAGUUUAAAAAUGGUUGUGUGGGGUCCACUGGUUGACUUCUCCAUGUAAUGUAAACAUACUUUGUAUAUCUCACUUACUGUACACCCAAAGCUUACUAGUUCAAAACACCGAUGGCUGCAUAAGAUGCAUGUGAUAUUAGUGGUAGUCAUUCUGCACAUUUCAUACAAUUUACUAAUGCAGUUUUUUCAUGCUACCAAAACUAAGCAGCAUAGUUUUGAGCAUGGUUUGCAUGACUUUACACUAUAUAAAUGGUACAGCUAAUUUCUUCUAUGAUACAUAUCUAUCUGAUUUUCUUCAAUAUAAUGAGGGUUAGAGCAAUGCCAGGUGAGAUGUGAUGGUUCAUGCUACUUUUUUUAAACAGAGCAACAAAGUAAAAAUAGUUUCAGGAGCAAUGUUCUCAUGUGGAAAUAUAUAUAAAUAUCAAUGCCCGUUUUCCAAUGCAAGUGAAUAAUUCUCUAUCCAGACUAGCCAGAAUCUUCCAAAAAUUUUAGCAGGGAAAAGGUCAGAUCAAAGUGUGUUACUGAUUUAACAUAAUUGCUGUAGCUGAAAGGUUUCAGAGUAGCAGCCGUGUUAGUCUGUAUCCGCAAAAAGAACAGGAGUACUUGUGGCACCUUAGAGACUAACAAAUUUAAUAGAGCAUAAGCUUUCGUGAGCUACAGCUCACUUCAUCGGAUGCAUAGAAUGGAACAUAUAGUAAGAUAUAGAUAUAGAUAUAGAUAUAGAUAUAUACAGAUAAGUUAGAAGUUACCAUACAAACUAUGAGAGGCUAAUUAGUUAAGAUGAGCUGUUAUCAGCAGGAGAAAAAAACUUUUGUAGUGAUAAUCAAGAUGGUCCAUUUAGACAGUUGACAAGAAAUAUAAGGAUACUUAACUUAAGGAAAUAGAUUCAAUAAAUGGACACAAAUCUGACAUCAGGAAUCAUAACAUUCAAAAACCAGUAGGAGAACACUUCAACCUCUGUGGCCACUCAGUAAAAGAUCUAAGGGUGGCAAUUUUGCAACAGAAAAGCUUCCAAAACAAACUCCAAGGAGAAACUGCUGAACUUGAAUUAACAUGCAAACUAGAUACCAUUAACUUGGGUGUGAAUAGAGACUGGGAGUGUCUGGGUUAUUACACAUAUUGAAUCUAUUUCCUUAAGUUAAGUAUCCUCACACCUUCUUGUCAACUGUCUAAAUGGGCCAUCUUGAUUAUCACUACAAAAGUUUUUUUCUCCUGCUGAUAAUAGCUCCUCUUAACUAAUUAGCCUCUCACAGUUUGUAUGGUAACUUCUAACUUAUCUGUAUGUGUAUAUAUAUAUAUAUAUCUUACUAUAUGUUCCAUUCUAUGCAUCCAAUGAAGUGAGCUGUAGCUUAUGCUCUAAUAAAUUUGUUAGUCUCUAAGGUGCCACAAGUACUCUUGUUCUUUUUGUAGCUGAAAGAGUUCUCAUGUCCCCUAUCAUACAAGUAUCAGUGUAUCAAAUGCAGUGUAAAACAGAAAUUAGGGACAGUUUGAGAUUUGCAAAGCCACUUGAGGGAAUUAGAAACAUGUAUUCCAUUAAUGCAAAUCAUGCUUUGAAAAUCUCCAUCGGAGGUUAUAAAACCACCACUAGUGUGAUUACAAUCAAUCUUAUUUUGUAGAAAAUAGUUUGCUCAUUCUAUUUAUUUGUAAUAGGGCCAAACUUCCCACUGAGAUUGGUACAAAACUACCAUCAGCUGCAAAAGAAAGUGUGUUUAAUGUAGGGAACUCCUGGGUUUUAUUCCUAGCUCUUUUACUGAGUCAUGUCAUGUUGGGUAAGUCACUUAAUUUCUCUGUGCCUCAGUUUCCCCAUCUGUAAAAUGGGGAUGAUACUUCCAUACCUCACAUGGUUUUGAGCAUUUUGAGACCCACCGAUGUAAGGCACACUAGGAGUGCAAAGUACAUCUACACUAUUUAAUGGGAGUUCCACAUUCAGGAUGUUGGCAGGAAAUGGCCUAUUGUUUCUUAUGUAAACGGACUAAUCUAAAUAAAUGUAUGACACGUUUAAUAGCAUAGUUCUAAACAAUGCCACGACCAUGGACAGAUCCAUUCCCCGGCCCCAUCCAGGUAUCUCAACUGGGCACAGCAGCUUUUUGAGAGGGAGUGAGGAAAGAAACUUUCCCAUAUGGCCACAGGGCAACAAUGGAACCACUUGGAAAAUGUUCCAGCCUACUGGCUGGAGUCAUCACUACUGAGGGAAUAGUGGAGAAUAGGAACCAGGAUGUAUACUCUAGAUCUGGCCUGCUCAAGCAUACCCUGUGUGCUGGGGCAGGGCAGCUGCUGUGAAGCAGAGCUCCAAGCUGUGCAGGGGGUCAUGUACCAGAUGUGACUCAUCACCAGAUCCUAAUGCGUUCACUCCUUAUGUAGUGGAGCCGCACAGGCUCUGGCCCACAUCCUCAAAGGCAGGGCCUCCCAGAGGAUUCAGGGGGCCUGGGGUCUUCGGUGGCGGGGGUCCUUCUACUCCAGGUCUUCGGAGCACUUUGCCGAAGGCAUGGAGUGGAAGAACCCCCCCGCCACCGAAUUGCCGCCGAAGACCCGGAGUGGAAGAAGUAGCGGUGGGUCUUCAGCGAUGGGUCCUUCACUCCGGGUGAGUUCGGUGGCACUGAAGGACCUGCCGUCGAAGUGCCGCCGAAAACUGUCGUGGGAGCCCCUGAAAACUCUCGUGGGGGCCCCUGCGGGGUGUGGGGCAAAUUGCCCCAUUUGCCCCCCGCCCCCUGGGUGGCCCUGCUUAAAGGUACUUAUGCCCCUAACUCCCAUUGAUUUCAGUGGAAGUUAGGAGCCUAACAACCUUUGAAGGUGUGUGCCUCUGUGUUACUCCAUACACACCUGCAAAGGGUUAGCAAUGGGAAUUGGUCCUCAGUAUUAGAGUGAUGACCAACAAGGACUACCGAGUUACUGCAAAAUAUAUCAAGAGGUUACUCUUUAUCUCACUGGAACAUAAUAUGAAACAUGACAGUGAGCUAUCUUUUUGCGAAUACAGACUAACAUGGCUGCUAAUCUGAAACCUGAGCUAUCACAGUGACUCCUGCUAGAUCUUGCCUGUUAAUAAGGAAGUUAAUGCUGGCCAUCACUGUAAUUGCACCUUAUCUUGUGAUGACAACCUGCCUAGCUGCCCCAUGCCCUCCCCUUUACCCGAACAACUGAUUUGCCAUCACAGGGCUACUGAGAGGUUGCAAUCACAACCUUUACUGCAUUAUCCUCAGUAGACUCUAGGGACUGCACUGCAUGAGGAGAGAGGGUCAGCUGGGUGGCCUAACAGGUUGUAUCUAUAUAACGAGUGACUCAGCCAUGAUUCUGUGUUUUCCACAAGGGGCUCCCUAAUGAUGGAUGCUAAGCUUUCAGGCCCAUACGCUGAGGCGUUGUGCAGUCUUUCCUCAAGCAAAGCUCUUCUGUGGCUGUCUGAUCAAGUAAGAACAGAGUGAAACCUAAGGUGUAGACUGUACAAUUUAGGAGAGCCGGGGCAGUGUGGAGCUAGCAUCCCCAAGGGGGAACACCAACAGGUAGGAAUGUUUUUCCUGGAGCCAGUAGCCAGGCAGAUCCAUGCACCUGCUUCUGCACCCUUUUGUGAGGUGCAACUUCCUAUCCUCCAUCCAGACAGCAACCCAGCACUGCUGGCUGGUGCCUGGGAGUAGAGCUAGAGCUGCAGGACCCUUGCCCAUCACUACACUUGUCCUUCACUGUGCACCCCCAUGGGAACCAGACACCAUCUGACCCUUAAGUUAGGGUCCUCAAGAUUGGGCCCACUGAAAGCUUUGCUUGAGUAAGGACUUAAGGAUUUGGCCCACAGAAGCCACAAUGAACUGACCGUUGUUUGUGUUGCUAGGACCAUCCUGUAGCGAUAAAGCUUAGCAAUGUUAGUGCACGUGGUCCUGCAGCAGGGUAGUGAAAUACUUUGGCCUGGUUUUCCACUGUGCUCCUGCCGCAGGGUUUCGCACAUGCAUGUUACAUAUUCAGCACUUCAGGGGAAAGGUUCCAUGUUGGUUUCUGCCUGUCUAUCAUUGUGUCUAUUUAUUGACACUUCAAAGAGUUGCUGGUACCUCAUGAAAAUCAUUUUAUUUAGGAACCAUUCUGCUUGUGUGUUAGAUUUUUUUGGGGGGGGAUGAGGGGGGCUUUUGUCUUUUCUCAUUCUUCACAACCAUUUGAAAGAAUAUAGGAUCUUUUUUUCCUCAAGAGUUCAUCUGUUCCUGCUGCUGCUUCCUGAAAUCAUAAUCCAUCACUUCUUCAGCUAGCGCAAGUUGUCUUUGUUCCACUCAAAUCAAUGAAGUGGCAUCAUUUUAUCCCAGCUGGGGAUCUGUCCUGUUAAUGACUUCAGGUGACAAACUCAUUGUGAGCUAGAUCCUCACCUAGUGUAAAUUGGCCUAGCUCCAUCGAAGUAAAUGGAGCUGGGCCUAUUACACCAGCUAAAAAGGGGGCUUGGUAUGUGUGGAUGUUCUGUUCUUAGAUUAAUGGCUGUAGUGACAUGAGGCCUGAUUUCUGUAGCCAUUUUGUGUACAGAACAGCUAUUGAUCUCAACAGAUGUUCUGUGCUGGGUUCCAUUACACACCCCAAAUUAGAGACAUAGAGAAAAUAUCUGUCAUAGGGAGAAUUGAUUUCAAUUAGGGCAUUUUCACAAGUUUUCUAGGCAGGCUCAAUGAUUCUUGGAAGUACCAGCGUUGAACUUAAAGCUGUGCUUUACGUUACACAAAUGCAUGGUAAUGGAUUUGUCCCUUCUGUGGUUGCAGGAAAAGCUCUGCAUCUGUUUCUAAUUAUUUCACUGAUCCAUGACAGAAUGAAAUUGUCUGUUAUUAGUUACAAGACAAAUAUCCUUGAUUUUUCAGAGGUUGUAGAUGAUCAGUCCCUCAGAAAAUCAGGCCCUUUGUGUCUAAAACUGGGCAACCAAAUCCGAAGGCACCCAAAAUUAGAGGCCGCUUUGGAAAACGUGGUUCAGAAUGUAUCCACUGACUGCAGCUAAUGCAGUGCACCUCUGUACUCCUCACCACUUUAUUUCAUCCCUCUGCAUUGCAGUUCAGGCCUUAAAAGCUACCGUCUAGACAUAAACCAGUAUAGUAAUAUAGAGCUAAACCUUUUCAGUGUUCAAUCUAGGUGAAUAUUAGACACAUUACUGAUUUUACAGCGAGUUACAGUACUCUUUAGAAAAAAGCGGAAUGUGAAAUAGAGUACAGAAUGCUCUGUAAAAAAGGAAACAAACUAAAUACUUUAAUCUUAAGGGGACAUUAUUUGAAGGAAACAAACUAAGUCAGGGUAAGGGUUUGAUUUAGCCAGUUUUGCAUGUAUAUGUAUCACAAUGUAGUCCUAAAGGGGUGAGGGGAAGGGGAAUAUCACUGACUACCCUACCACGUCUGUACUUAGUAGUUGAAUUGCCUUAAAGUUGAACUUUCAACACUGUGCUGUGAGCCUUGAUUAGACUUGAUAUGCAGCAUUGGAGAAUUUUACUGUUUAAAAGGGGAAAGCAAUGCAUAGCUUGGAAACACAGGGUAAGGCUAGCGCAGCCACACCAUGAAAUAUUAAUGAUAUUCUCAAAGUCAAAUUAGGGCUGUCUCUUAAUAUUGAUUGUAAUUAAAUAUGUGGCUAGGCAGGACAUAACUGCUGGGCUCCUCUGAAGUACACAGAGUUGACAUCUGGGGGUCUUCUGUAACAGAGGUGAGAGGAGGCCGAGUUCUGCAUUCAGGAGGUCUGGUUAGUGCAUUUUAAUGUUUGUUGUCCAUCACACCUCACAGAUCUGACACAGCUCACUCCCCCCUUUGGAAUAAUCUGUGCAGAAAGUCCUCUGCAUGGAACAGCAGCUGGGUAGAGACUAUGGGUGUACAUAAAUGCUGCUUUUGCAUAUCAGCACAUGCCUGCACCCACUCAAUUUAGCCUGUAAUAAUUUAUCAUUUCAGGUUUAGCAGGUUUUAUUGCUGACCAGUGGAAAAUAAAGACAUUUUAAAAUAUGUAGAUCACCUAUCAAAGUAAGACUGUGCCAGUUAGUUAGAAUCGGGACACUGCACAGCAUUAAAAUCACAAUGUAAAAGCGUAUAAUUUCUAAAUAAAGCAGGGCCAUUUACUUUGACUAGCAAGGGGCUAAGAAGUGUGUGGAGGGGGGGACCUUGCUCAGUCUUUACCCAGGCAAACCAUCAAAUCAGUGGAAAUUAGCCUGAGCAAAGACUGAGGAAAAACUAGGAAAGGAUCUCUAGAAUUGGCCAAAAGUUGUAAUACUAUAUUUUACAGUCUACAAAUAUCACCCUUUACUUAUAGGAUACGGUGAACAGGAAAUAGUAGGUAGUGGCAUAAUAAUGAAAAAGGAAGUACUAUCUCCUGUUGUCCAAACCAGAAAAGCAGGUUAGUUUCUAAAUAUUUUUUUUGCCUACUCAGCAGAGAAGCACCCAAACCCUGAGUCUUCUGUCUGGACCAAACGAAGAUCCCAGACCCAUUCAGGCCCAAACUUUUUGGGAAAGUCCAAUUUCAAACUUUGCAUCCUGAAGCCAUCUGUACUGCUAAGUGUAACUACAAAGUAAUCUUCAGGGACACUUAACCACUCUGCACUUGUUGUGUAUUAUCAAAUAUGUCCUUUAUGGCCCCGCCCCAUCUGGUGUAAAUUGGCAUAUCUCUUUUCAACUUAAUAGAGCUGCACCAGUUUACAUGAACUGUGCUGGCCCUGUGAAUCAAAAAUUUCAAAACCUUUCUCCAAAACUGUGCCCACCAGAAUCACGUAUGAAUCCCAGGUUUGUGUGUGCAGACUGGCCUUUGCAUAUGCAAGUCGAGGAGUUAGCUGUCUAUAGGAUACUGUGUGUACAUUUCCUGAUUGUGCAUUCAAAUGUGUGUGUGGUGGGGGGGGGGGUAAGAGGGGUUGCAUGUUCACGUAAAAUUGAAGAAAUUUGGAAAUCUUGUUCUGAAAAUUUGAAAGUCUGAAAAUUUAGCCCCACGUGCCUUUUCUUAAUGGAUAAUGUAACUAGCAACAAGGGCCCAGUUCCUCAAAGGUAACGAGGCUCCAAAUGGAAGUUAGGAGCCUCAAUGCCUUUGAGGAUCUGGACCUAGGUUCUAAUCAUGUGACUAUAAUGGAGUAGGGUUAAUAGUUGUCAUUUGUACAUUUACCACAGAAGUGACAUGAUAUUUGUGCUCUGUUGAAAUAAAGGACAGUAGCCAGGAUUAUUAGCCUGCAUUAAAGCAGUACUUAAAAAGCCAUGGGCUGUUUUGUAGAAUAGGCUCUCCACAUAGAGAAGCAUUGCUCAAUAUUUGGCUUGACAGUGGCAUCUGAAGCAGCAUUAAUUUUCAUAGCAGGAGUGAAGUGGAUUUACACCAUUCUUCUGUUAGCACCUGGAGUUGGUUUUACUGCUAGCAAUUACAGCUGGGUCAGGCCUUCUUUGAGUCUGGGCUGACACUGACUCUUUGUUUACAUAAUUAACCUUAAAUAGGAUUAAAUGUCUGAAUCCAUGCUUUGCUAACUUUUAAUGCCUACUAGGGACCAAGCAUCUAUUUCGAGGCUUAACAAUGCUUCUUGCAAUAUGACUUUCACUGUAUUCAUCUUCCAUAAUUGGCAAGUAUUUAGGGCUUUAACCCAUUCUCCCUGAAGUCAAUGGUUAACCUCACUUUCAAUGGGAGCAGGGGAAGGUCCUGGUUGUACGGUACAAACUGCUAAUCUCUUUAUUUAUGGAUUCAGUCUCUCGGCAUGAUUCCUCCUGAAAUGGGCACAUUUUUGUUAGGUAUUUUUUAAGCUGAUUCUAACAACUAAAGCACAUAUAUCAUUUUUUGAAAAGGUAAUCUCUGUUUACAUUGUGCAGCUAUCCUUGCAGCUUUAUUGUCAUCUAAACUCCUUUUCCCUAGAUAAAAAUUUAAAGUGUUUCAUUAUUGCAGGUGCACAUGCCAUGAAAAUUAUUUUGUUUUAUUGAACUCAGUUUCAUGGUCCAUUUAUGGAAUUUGUUCCUUUAAGAAAAAUCUAAUUAUAAGUUUAAAUAAUGACUAUUGGCUUUUCUUAGGCUUGACUCUAUAGUGGUUUAGUAUGUAUAAAUCCCAUAUAAAUUAAUAGGACUUUAGCAUGUGGAAGGACACCAGAUCCGUCCCUAAAAUGACUUUGGGUUAUGUUUGCUCUGCUUUUGUCUGUAUCUUUGCUGCAUUGUUUCAGGUUUCACUAGGAGGAAAUAGUUGAAAGGUUUUAUUGCUGCAAAUUGUGGCCCAGGAUCCUGCAUG